AUAGCGGAAGCGGAAAUGACGCCAUCUUAAUAGUUACGCCCAGUAAGGCGAGUUUGUUGAGGCCGGCUGAAGAAAUUAUCGUUGUUCUCUCGCGAGAGAAAACUUGCUUGAUUAGGCCCACCUUGGAAGCAAGGUUUCCACUUCCAGGGACAGUGCGACCACGAUGCAGACCAUAAAAUGUGUGGUGGUUGGUGACGGCGCUGUUGGUAAAACAUGUUUGCUGAUUUCGUACACAACAAACAAGUUUCCAUCAGAAUACGUCCCCACGGUUUUCGACAACUAUGCGGUGACUGUGAUGAUUGGUGGAGAGCCAUACACUCUAGGACUGUUUGACACGGCUGGCCAAGAAGACUACGACCGAUUGCGGCCUCUGAGCUAUCCGCAGACAGACGUGUUCCUUGUCUGUUUCUCGGUGGUCUCACCCUCUUCAUUUGAAAACGUCCGGGAAAAGUGGGUGCCCGAGAUCACUCACCACUGCCAGAAGACGCCGUUCCUGCUGGUGGGCACCCAGAUCGACCUGCGGGACGACGCGGCCACCCUGGAGAAGCUGGCCAAGAAUAAGCAGAAGCCCAUCUCCAAUGAGCAGGGAGACAAGCUAGCCAAGGAGCUCAAGGCCGUCAAGUACGUCGAGUGCUCCGCCCUCACCCAGAAGGGGCUGAAGAAUGUGUUUGACGAAGCCAUCCUGGCAGCCCUGGAGCCGCCCGAGCCGAAGCCCAAGCGGAAGUGCGUCUUGCUCUAGGCCCCGGGGCCGAGGGGCGCAGGUCGCGGGCGCUGCUGCGCGGGCAAGCCGGCCAGCCGCCAAUGACUUUUUUUGAGGAAGGGGCUGCCGCAGCAGCAGGAGGAAUUGCCCGGUCCAGCCUAGACCACGACCACUGUCUAGCGGGGAAAAAGGGGGCCAACGGGGGACGCCGCCGGACUACCGAGGCACGACCCGCCGCCGGCGGGCAGAGAUCCCGUUAACGGGGAGAGCAAUUUGCGGUCAGUCUGAGUAGUCGGGACACUUAGGAAAGGGAGGGAAAUGAUGGCCUUGCUCAAAGCCAAGCAGGUUCCUUUGAUCGGAACGAGAGGACGGAGGGGAGCUUCGUUCCCCAGAAGCCAAGCCAACGCUGCCAGGUUUUUUUCGGUCUGGGCGAGACUCAGUUUCUUACGCUUGAUUCGCAGUAUUGAAAUGGGUGUGCGUCGUAGCUUUUAUCGGAGCUCUUCUUUCCUCAGUUACCUUUUUGUGUUUUCUGUUCAGUGCCGUGUCAAAUGUACAGAGGGCCAUUAACCGAUUUAACUAGUAAUAAAUGUUCCUACGAGAGAAAGCCUGUCCCCGUGGAGGCGAGGUCUUCUGGUGUCGAUUUUGAGCUUUCUGGUGAAAGCGGCAUCGGAGGAGAGGCAGGGGCCGACAUUGUGCCCCACCGCCGCCGUCUUUUGCUUUCGAUGUCUCGAAUCUGCCUAGAGAGCCAAGUUCGGCGUCGAGAAUUGUGCAUGCGGUGCAUGUGUCAAAAAUAUUUUUUGGUUGAAAGACUAUGCGAUGCUCUAUUUAUUUGCCGUUUGGGGACUUCAUUUUUCCUCUUCGAGCAUUUGCUUUUUGGAAACGACAAAAAUACUUAAAUGACCCGAACUUCUAACGAGAUAUUACUGUGCCUCUUAACAAAUUAACAUUCAGUUAGCUGUGUUUUGUAGUUUGAAUAAAGAAGCGUCCUUUGGUAUACUGUAAAAAGAUCCGAGAAAUGUUUUAUAAUAAAUCCUUGAAUUGAA